CAUGGCUGCAACAAGUAGUUCUGAAAAUGAAAUACGAUCUUGGUUAAAGUUUGCGUUAAAAGAUGAAAAUUUAAAGGAUAUUUCAGUUAAAAUACAAGGAAAUUCUGAAAAAGGAGACGGUUAUAUGGGUGAUAUAGUUUUUGUGUCAGCUGAAGGAAUUACGGACAAUCAGGCGUCAAAAAAGUAUGAUCUUGUUUUAAAAUGCAGUAAGAAGAGUAAGGCUUUCCGUGAAACAUCGCCAGUGAAGGAAGCCUUCUUUAACGAAAUAUUCAUGUACCAAGAAGUAUUUCCAUAUUUUAUUCAAUACCAAAAAGAAAAAGGGAUUGCAGCUCCAUUCAAUAGUGUGCCAAAGUGUUAUGGCUUUUUUACAAGAGAAAAUAUGGAAGUUAUUGUUUUGGAAAAUUUGAAAAGUGGCGGCUACGAAUUGUGGCCGAAGAAGCAACCUUUGUCACGAAAGCACAUCGAUUUAGUGGUUACAGAGUAUGGUAAAUAUCAUGCGACGUCUUUGGCUCUACAACAUCAACGACCAACUGAGUUUCACAAAUUUGUCGACAGUAUAAGCGAUAUUAUGGAAAUAUUUGCAAAGACAAGUGACAUACAAAACCUUUUUGCAACACCUAUAGAUGAGUCGUAUGAUUUGUUAAAAGAUGAUUUGGAUGACAGCAUUUUGGUACGGUGGAAGGAGUUCAAAACUCAGAUUAAAAGUAUUUUUGAAGAUUUGGUUAAAGAGUCAGCAGGAAUUAGGGUAAUUUUGCAUGGCGAUUGUUGGAACAACAAUUUUAUGUUUUUGCAUAGGCCAGGAGAAGACAAAAUUCCUUUGAAAGUUGCGUUUUUGGACUGGCAAGUGUUUCGAUAUGCUUCUCCUAUUGUAGAUUUGUCAUACUUUUUAUUUGCUUGUAUUUCCAAAGAUGAUUUAGAAAACUUGGACGAUAUUUUGGUGACGUAUCAUACAUCUUUUGUAAAUCAGUUGAUUCAGUUGGGCAUAGAAAAUCCAGAUAUGUUAUAUCCUUUAAAUCAGUUUUUGAAUGAAUGGAAUGAUUGUUGUAAAUAUGGCAUUUUGAUGGCACCUUUGAUAAUGAAAAUUGUGUCGACAGAUAAAGAUGAAGUUUUGGAUGUCGUUCAAGUCGCUGAAAGUGGAAAAGAUUUUACCCAUUCUUUUUUAAAUGAAACUAAAGACAAGGAGAAUUAUAAACGGAGAAUUCGACCAAUUGUGGAAUAUGCUGCUAGACAUAAUUUAAUAUGAUUUCUGUCUGUUUCGUUCAACAAUAAAAAAUGCUACGCA